UUGACAAACUCAUGGCAAAUUUUGAUCAGCUUCUGCCGUUUGCGGCUUGAAUCUUUACUUCCGCUAUUACGGUUGCCAUGGAAACCACCGCACGUCGGAAGACUGUUUACAGUUCCUUGAAGGAUUGUUGUCAAGUUUGAUAGUUUAAGUUAUAGAGAGAUCAUUGUCGAAAAGUAACAAUUAAAAAUGUUCAAGUUCCUUCUUUUCAUUAUAUUCUUUGAACAAGUUUAUAUGGGAUACUGUAAAUACGCAGAGAUCGACGAGAAUGGCUACAUUCUUUACUGUCCUUGCAUGGGUAGAUUUGGUAACCAAGCAGAUAACUUUUUGGGUGCAUUGGGUUUUUCCAUUGCCUUAAAUCGCACAUUAGUUGUGCCACCAUGGGUUGAAUAUCGCACAGGGGAGACGAAAUCGGUACAAGUACCAUUUGACACCUAUUUUAAUGUAUCUCAACUGGAAAGUUGCCACAGGGUGAUUGUAAUGGAAGAAUUCAUGAAGAAAAUUGCACCUACUGUAUGGCCAGAGUCAAAAAGGAUUUCUUUUUGUUACUCUGUACGAGGAAGUACAGGGUCAUGCAACGCGAAGGACGGCAACCCCUUUGGACCAUUUUGGGACACAUUUGACGUAGAGUUUGUUGGGUCAGAGUUUUAUGGGCCACUGCAUUAUGACGUUCAUCACAGUGACAUGGUAUAUCAGUGGUCACGUAAAUAUCCGUCAAGUUAUUGGCCGGUUUUAGCAUUCACUGGAGCUCCUGCUAGCUUUCCUGUUCAAAUGGAGAACAAAAAGCUGCAAAAGUGCGUCGGCUGGAAUGAUAAAAUUGCAGAUCAAGCCAAGUCAUUUGUGAAGAACCACCUGCCAAGAGGAGCUUACGUUGGAAUUCACUUACGGAAUGGAGUUGAUUGGGUGAGGGCCUGCGAAUUCAUUUCCAGUUCACCGAACUUGUUUGCUGCACCACAGUGUUUAGGGUAUAGAAAUGAACGAGGCAAAGCUACGUCUGCUAUGUGUCUACCACCCUUUGAAUUAAUAAUCAGACAAUUAAAACGCAUUAUUCGUGCAAACAACGAUGUUAAAUCCAUCUUUGUGGCAUCAGAUAGCAACCAUUUGAUACCGGAGCUCAGCAAAGCCCUAAAACGAAUGGAAAUUACUGUACAUAAACAAGAAGAACCUGCGUCUCCUCAUUUGGACCUAGCAAUUUUAGGUAGAUCUAAUUACUUCAUCGGUAACUGUAUUUCAUCAUUUUCUGCGUUUGUGGCCAGGGAGAGGGAAGUGCGUGGGUAUCCUACUAUUUUUUGGGGUUUCCCACCAGAAAGAACUGUUUCGUACGUUUCGCACGAGGAAUUGUAAAUAUUAGUGAUAAGUUAUUUUUAUUAUAGUCCUACAUAAUAAAUCCAACACAGACUGUCGGAUCUCUGUCGGAUCCGACACAGAUCUGCUACAGUGUGUAGCGGAUUGUAGCGGAUCUGUUUCGG